AUGGCGACGACACCGACGUUUCACGUGUCGCAAGACGCCACGUGGGUGUUCGUGCACGUGCGUGUGCCGUUCGUGCGAGUGUCCGAGAUGGAGUUCUACGUCGAUGGCAACGACUUUACCUUCUUUUGCAAACCCUACGGACUCAAGCUGCAUUUCCCACACGAAGUAGUGGACAACGAGUUGACGAAAGCUGUGUACGAUCCUAAUAAGGACAACGGCACCAUAGUGGUGCAUCUGGCCAAAAAGGAGUCAGGCCAGGACUUUCCAGACCUCGAUAUGCUCACAAAGCUGCUGCAGCCGCACCGAACUCGAUUGACAACCUCGUGUCAGAAGGCUCGGCCGCAUCAAGGGAACGACUCGCUGAUCGAAGUGCUGAAGUCGACGGAAAACGUCCCGGUAGGUACCUUUCAAGAGGAAUCAGACAGGUUGAACGCGAUGAUUGAUGGCAAGCCAAAUUGCCACGACGAUAUAACUGCACCUUCACCCGCCGAGCAAGUCCGCACCGAUGCGUCGCUUCUUGGUCUCGAGGCGUCGACGUCUACACAUCGCGCCAGCAUUGCCGGUAUUGGCGCGGGGGAAAACGUCGAUUUGCUUGGUGUGCGUGUCACUGACCUCGCACCUUCGUACGGGUUCAACAAUGCAUACAGCGACUUUUUUCGUGUGUGGCACGGCGAAGUGAGGGAGAUACUGUCGCUACCUGACCCGGAACACACUCGGCCAGAACAGCGACGCAUCCUUCGCGAAGCUGCGGAGGAUCAGCAGUUUGAUAUUGAGCGCUACCUCAUGGACUAUGCUAAUCAAGAAGAGGACAUGUACUUCAGGCUCGCCAUGGAUUACGUGCCAUUCUGGAGAAGCUGCCCCGUCUUUCCAGCUACUGCACACCUAAAGAGUACCGUAGUAUUAGCCAAUGUGCUAACGCCUUUGGUCGGUGGGGUAGAUUCAGAUGUUGACCGUGUUGGAGAUAGUUUUCGCAGUGUCUCGCUGGAUACCUCCUCAGCUUCGGCACAUCCGGCGGCACCGGUUGUUUUUAGCGAGGCGGAGCAAGAACUUUUGCGCCGGCUUCCACGAAAAGAGUUUCUGGUCCCAGUUGGCAGCUUGGAAGAAAAGCUCGUGCUUGGUGGUUUAGUCGACAUCCUGAUCGGCUUUGCAUACGAACAGCUCACCACUCAGGGUGACAGUGGCGUGGAAUCGACCUGGACGGUGAGCAUCGUGAGUCCGACUUUGUCGUGGCUGGACACAUGUGCCGAUUUAUACGCUGUCGUCCGCUCAAGCGUACGCCGCAUGAUCGCCUACCCAUUCCUGCGACAGUACGAUUUGGCCAUACGCUCGGUGCGCGAGGCCAGCGAAAUCAUGAAGCGGGGCAAGCGUGUUGUGCUUCGAGCAUUGCUUGCACUCUAUCGGAUCGUCGAAAAAUCGGAGACGCAGUAUCUGCUGAACUCGCUGUAUAUCCAAGACUACUGCGUGUGGAUUCAGUCCGUUGCUGAUGAGUGUCUAGUUUGCAUCAGCACGGAACUGGAUGCUCAUAUUGCUGCUUUCAGCAAGAACGAAACAGGCUGGGCGUUGGAAGAGCUUGAACAGAGUGUUUUGGAGACCGACAAUAGCGGCGAUGCUUAG